AUGCCAGAACCAAUACUCGAAGAUCAAUACACGGCGGCUAGAGCGUACUUUCUUUGCGUUGUUGGACUUUUGUUUAUCGAGUCCGCGAUUCAUUGGCCCCUCUAUUUUCUGGAACUUCGCAAUCGUGGCAAGCCUGUCACUAUAUCCUCGAAAACGCAUUGGCAGAUCACCACCUAUCUCCACAAGCUUGCCACACUUCCAUCGCUGAUACCAUUCGUCACCGACUACACAUUGCCAAUAAUCUUACGGCUCUUAGCAUUCAUUGGACUCAACAUACUGUGGGGAUACAACAGCAUCGAAUUCUCGACCGAUUACAAACUCUAUGGGUGGCUUACAAUAGCAAAUGGAGGGCUCGCACUACUUAUGGCUUCGAGGACAAAUCUUUUUGCCCUUGUGCUGCGCAUUCCAUCGCCAGUGAUUCUUUUAUAUCACCGCUGGAUUGGAAUCGCAACAGUCGCACAUGCAACAACUCAUUUCGCGCUCAACGUCCAACGAUAUAUCAAGACUGAUCAGCUAGCUGAUUCUUUCUCAAAUCGAAGGAUUCAAGUUGGAAUCAUGGCAUGGCUAGCACUUGCGAUCAUGUUUCUGACGUCUCUGAAUUUCAUCCGACGAAGAUUCUUUGAGGCCUUUUACUACUCCCAUGCUUUGUUCUUCGUUUUCGUGGUUGGCGCUUUGGUCCACGCGACGAAAGGGCCUGAAUUUCUGCUUCCAGGUCUACUUCUUUGGGGUGUUGAUCGGGCGAUCAGAUUUUGGGAUAAUUUUCGACGUGUAGAAGCCAAAUCAAUUACCACUCUGUCAGGAGACGUGACAAAAUUUACAAUCGAGGGCCGUCAAGUCACACACCCCGGUCAAAUUGCUUGGGUUCAAAUUCCUGGUGUAUCAUUUCUCAAUUGGCAUCCUUUCACAGUCGCAUCGGCGCCUGGACAAGAACAUGCAGUCUUUGCAAUCAGAGGUCUAGGUGGAUAUACAAAGCGACUUAAUCACCUUGCAAUGGACAACAACAUCGACUCGACAAAAAAGAUGUCCACGUCCUCAGCAGAACCAGAUAAAAGCUCGUCAAUCAUGCCAACAUCAGUGUCGAACACUUCUGUAACAACCGAUAAACCGCUCAAAAUACGGGUAGAUGGUCCUUAUGGUGUAGGAGGCACAAGAUGGGGAUUGUACCCUGUCACUGUGCUGGUCGCCGGUGGCAUUGGCAUCACACCCGGAAUCAGCAUCGCAACUCACAUCAUCCAGCGAGCGUUAUUUGCCAGAGAUUCUCAACAUUCAACAGAUUCGCGGCAAAAUUGGCAUAUUCAUCUUCUCUGGGUAUUGAAAGACAUCAAGCAUACAAGCUGGUUUGCUGAGGAACUGCAAAAGUUGUCAGAAUUGGCAGCCAAUCCCGACGUCCCAGUUACAUUCAACAUCACUAUUCACAUAACAGGUUCCGCUGCCUCGUCCGCUCAAAUGGAAGAGUCUAUCGAGAUGGGUUCCGAGUCGCCAUUCAAAUAUGUGGGUCCUGGUGUUGUUGUCAAUGGUAGACCAAAUUUGAAGAUGUGGUUUGAAGACGUGAAGAGGCAGCGAAGUGGGUUGGAAGCGGUGGUUAGUGUAUGUGGUCCGAGGAGUCUGAUGAAUGGUGCCAGGAAAUCUGCGGCGGAGGUUAGUACGGUGGAUGGACACUUUCAUGUGGAAGAGGAGACUUUUGAGCUUUGA